ACUCUAUGUGGGUAAAGGAAAGAAUACGCUACAACUGACUUAGCAUCCUGAGUGACAUGAAAAGUGGUACACAGCAACUUCCUGAGAAUGAUAUGGGGCCUGUGGCAGCCUCAGACAAAUUAGCAGAUGGAUCAUCUGGUGAAGGUCUGAAGGAUGUAGAUGAGUUAGUCCUGGAAGAUAUUCGUGACCAGAUUCGAUAUAUCGAAAAAGCUGUUAUAACCAAAGAGUUAUAUUUUAUGACACGAGUUGUACGUGGUCUGUCAAGUAUCAGACGCCGACUUAAUUGUAAUGUGCUGAGGGGUUUAGUACAAGGUUAUUUCCCAAACCCUUCCCCACAGAAGACCUAUUUUUUGGAGCUUUUACCCGAGGCUAUGGACACUGAUUGCCCGAUGUCACCAUUUCGUCCUCGAACUGGCAAGUUGAAUACGCCGUUGCUUCCUGAAGUCGAAGUUUAUCUGCAUCUCUUGUUGAUGAUAUUUUUGAUCGAUGAAAACCAUUUAGAAGAGGCUUGUAAAUGUUCCAACCUGCUAAUGGACCGCCUAACUGCUACUAACCGGCGUUCUAUGGCACUACUUGCCAGUCGGUGUUAUUACUACCACAGUCGUAGUUAUGAACUUGUUGGGCGCCUGGAAGCUGUACGCUCCUUUUUUCAUGCUCGUCUAUCGACUGCUACCCUCAGAUCGAAUUUCGAUACUCAAGCUGUACUUAUCAACUUAUUGUUGCGCAACUACUUGCAUUACCAAUUACACGAACAGGCACAUAAGCUUGUCUCUCGUGUAGUCUUCCCAGAAAGUGCACCAAAUAAUGAAUGGGCUAGAUACCUGUAUUAUUUAGGUCGAAUCAAGGCAAUACAAUUAGAUUAUUCAGCAGCUCAUGGUUACUUGGUAUCAGCCCUUCGUAAAGCUCCUCAGCAUACAGCUACCGGUUUCAAACAAGCUUUGCAUAAAUUAAAUACAGUUGUAGAACUGUUGCUAGGUCAACAACCAGAUCGUUCCAUAUUUCGUCAGACGUCAUUUAAAGCAGCUCUGCAUCCGUAUUUUCAGCUGACUCAAGCUAUUCAUGCAGGUGAUUUAUCUCGAUUUAACGAUGUUCUUCGAGUUUAUGGUGCUCAAUUCUCAGCUGACCACACAUAUACUUUGAUUAUUCGACUACGUCAUAAUGUAAUCAAAACGGGCGUCCGACGAAUAUCUUUAAGUUACUCCCGAAUUUCACUAGCGGAUGUCGCUAAAAAGCUUCAACUAGACAGUACUGAAGAUGCAGAAUACAUAGUUGCUAAGGCUAUUCGUGAUGGUGUUAUCGAUGCUGUAAUUAAUCAUGAAAAAGGUUAUGUAACUACAAAUGAAAAAUUAGAUAUGUAUUCAACACGUGAGCCAUUUAAUCAAUUCCAUGAACGCAUCAAAUUCUGCUUAAGCAUACAUAAUCAGGCUGUGAAAGCAAUGCGCUAUCCUCCGAAACAAUAUUCUAAGGAUAUUGAGUCUGCAGAGGUAAGAUGUGUAUUAUCAUUUCGCCUUUAUUUCUCUGUUGAAAAGGUGGGGUAAAUGAAUUUCUGUGCAUGAGUUCAUUUUUGUCUAGCCUCACUAUUCUUUUGUAUGGCUGUAAGACAUGGCCGUUAAAAGUAGAAAACAUGAAGCGAUUACACGGUUUUGAUCACAUAUGUCUUCCUAACAUUGCUCGUGAGGUCAGGUGAAGAAUAGAUAAGAAAAGCAAGUCGACUGAUCUAGUUGUGAACCAUAGUCUGCGCGUGCGGAGCCACCGCCUACCUCGAUGUUCCAUGCUUGGGGUAGUUGGAUUGGACUGGAAGAAGAGUUCAGGGUUGCCAGACCAAGACCUACACCAGCCCACGACGUCUCUUACUGUUGGUCUGAGCCAUUUGGGGGGGGGGUGUAGACUACUGGCUGGGGUCCGCGAGAUGGAAGAAAUCUGUGGUUGAGACUCUUGGGGACAUGGCUGAGAAUCGAUCACAGUGGUUGUCAUCUUUCAAAGCUUGAGCAUUCGCACUAACCUUUAUCUUCAGAUUGUUUAUCCUAUCACGAAACUUUAUCUUCUUUGAUAUCACUCCUUUUCUAUCCACCUCUGCUUUGUGUACUACUAUGAAGUGUGACAACUUUAGCCGGCGCAUCUUUGUGUGAAGUUCUGCCUUGAUUUUAUCAAUCAGUCAGUCAGUCUAAAUAACUCAACAACCACAUACCGCUAGAUAUACUGGACUGUUAGCCAUACCGUCCCCGAAAAUAUUACUUCCAAUUCACAGUUGUGUUUCACCAUGACAUUAGUCACUGAGAUGGACGUGUUCAAGCCAUCCGACCAUGACAACAUUGCAACUGAAGUCUAUGAGCUUCCCUUAUUGUAUGAGCGCUUUCAAUACUAACUGUUGACAAGAAGAUUAAGGAAAUUAGUUGGCCAAGGUCCAGAUGGCAGGUUGCGGUUAGUUGGGUUUUCGUACGACGUGCUGCAAGCGUACGGUUGGUUGGUACUUCCCGCUUGCCCACAUCGUGGAGAUUGAUUCCGCAAGGUACCUGAAAGGAAAAAGGGUUCAAAUUUACGUGACCAUAGAUCCUAUAUGACAUCUGCUUGAAGCCUGUCACGCAUAACCAUUUUAAGGGUGAUUGUUCUACUACCAGCACUGGAAUUCUGUGGGACAAGAAGUUUACCUUUUAGGACCUGACCUUUUUGAACCUCCCGUUCCUAUAGAGAAGCGGCAUCAGCAUGAACUACUGGUCAUUCUUUGGGAACACUGCUGUUACAUGUCGUCCAACCAGCAUUACUUGGCCACUGGAUCUUCAUUAUAACGUAAGCUAUUUACACCAUGAUGGCAAUUAAUUUCCUCAUACCAUUGUCCAACAGGCCAUUGCUAUAUCCAUGGCUUAUCACUAUGUAAAGGUAGCAGCUAUCGAUUUGGAAGUAGAAGAACGUGAUUGAUAGAUGUCUUUGAAUCAGUUCAAAGUUGAAGGUUUCAAGUGCGUUUUUUGAGACGGAGAAUAUCCAUCGCACUAUAGGUGUUAGUCAGCAAUGAGUGGUGCAUAAACUGGACAUGAUUACUUAGUUAAGUUGUUAUUAUCAUCAUCAUCGUUAUUAUCUUUCAGCAUUUAUCUGUAUUUGAGCACUCUAUUUUUAUUAUGCUCCACAACAAGUGAUUUCAUCUUGUUCUAUUUCAAAGCAAGUUUUAUGCCUAUUCUUUUCAAAGUCGUUUAGCACUUUCAAAGUACUUGUCAUUUAUAUUGAAAGGCAUUUACUCAGAAAUUUAUAAUGUUAUUUGUCUAUAAAGAUGUAAAAAGAAAUAGAGGGAAUCUGUAUUACGGUUGUUGAAAUCACUUUUUCGUUUGCUUGGUCUGAUAUUUCCAUUUAAUUUACCAUGUUAUCCGUUUGUUGUUUAAAGGAACGCCGGGAAAGAGAACAACAAGAGCUAGAAAAUGCGAAAGAACUCUCUGAAGACGAAUUUGAUGGAUUCCCAUGAAACUCAUUGGCAGUCAGAGAGUCAUCAUAGCAGAUUUACCGAUAUGUUAACGCACUAUACAUGUCUUUGGACUAAAUCUCUAUCUCUCUUUGACUUUGUGAAGCAUAAAUGUUUUUUUGCAAAUAGUAUUUAAUAUGAAAAUAUGGAAUUUUGCAUU